AUGGCUAUUACAACACUCGACGAAGGAAUAAUUAUUACCCUUUGGUCAUAUCCGGUGUCUGUGGACUGUAAAGUCCAACUUUCUGGAAUGUCUUCUGAGUUUGAACCCCAAACCAAACUCUUGUUUGUGAUGAUCAACGACGGGAAAUAUAAGUCCAAAGCGUAUUUGGACUGCACGAAAUAUAAUAAAGUGACUGACGUUGUAUCGAAGUUUGGGAAUAAUGAUGUCAUUGUUGUUAAAAAGUCGGACCUGAGGGAUUUGAAGGUAAAUGGUCGAGUACAAAAGUCGAUUAUAUUGUUGGAAUAUGUGAAACAAUGUGGAAAGACACAUCAACUUGGACAACCAAUACCACUGACCCACGAAAAAGUGUUGGAAAGGGCGUCCACAACACAGCCGCAAACAGAUAUUUCUAACACUCAACAACAGAAAAUGGUAAAACCACAAGUCGAUCAAACAAGACAACGGACAAAUAUUACACAAAACACUGUGACAAAGAAACAAGUGUUUGAACAAAAACCACAACCAUCGUAUUCAAAGAAUGUACUACAACCGAAUAUUGACACUAACCCUCCUUUAUGUCAAAUAAUUCCUUUUGUCAUUUCUGAGCCGAUAAUUUCAGUAACAGACAUCACAAACGGGUUACAAAGUGUCCACAUAAAAAUCGAAAAACGUGUUGCAAUGUACAAAGAAAACAUCCAACAGUUAGACGAACUCAUUGAAAGAGCCAAACAACAGAAAGAACAGAUUGAGAUGGAAAAUAAGAAAACCAAAGAACUUCUUGAUAUGUUGCAAGCGGAUAAAAAGGAGUAUGAAAUGAAAGAGAGAGAACGAGAGAAUUGUCAUGUCAGAGAAGAAUUAAGGAAACAACACGAGAAGUUCUACUAUCUGGAAAGCUCAAUACAACAACAACAAAGAGAACAGGAGAGAAUUAUAAGACAUCAAAUGGAGAUGACUGAUAUGUAUAAUAAUGAACGAGAAGAUGUUCAGCGUCUCACUGUGACAUUUAAUCAAUAUAAAGAGAAAGGGUUAAGCUAUGUAAAUACUCACACAUUAAAUGACCAAGACGUGGAAAUCCAGAAACGACAAAUCACAACAUUGUAUGCAAAACUGAGAGCACGAAACCAUAUAAGGGACACGGUACUCAAAAAGCAUGAAGAUAUUAUGAAAGCUCUCAACUCAAGUUCGACAGAAUGA